AUGCAUUCUCUUGAAGCGUACCUCGAAGCCUUUGCCACCUUACCUCCCUCCAAAUAUUGGAACCAUGCCACCUUACCUCCUCCAAAUAUUGCCACCAUGCCACAAUGCCUUGGCAAUUUCAGUGCCAUGGCUAAGAAGGAGGGUUCUAUUGGUACCAUUUUUUGCGUGUACAGUUACAUGCAUGUUGAGAAUGUCGAUUUUGAGGCCACCUACAUGGCAAAUGGGUCAAUCACUUGGAAAGGAAGAUUGGCUGAUUUUGGGAAGAAUUUGGGACUCUUAAAAGUCAUUGAUCUUUCAAGUAACAACUUAUCAGGAAGAAUCUCUACGCAAAUGACUAGUCUAUUUGGUCUGGUUGCUUUGAACUUGUCUAGAAAUCAUUUGACAGGAACAAUCCCUACGACUGAGGGUGACACGUCACAGCGACAAGCUCUUGAUUUUUCAAGAAACAAGCUCUCCGGUAAAAUCCCUUCAACCCUUGUAAAUCUCAACUUUCUUCAGUUCUUGGACUUGUCCAAGUCCAACAAUAACUUGUUCGGAAAAGUCCCGUCUAGCACCCAACUUGAGAGUUUCAAUGCUUUUUCAAACGACCCCAUGCUCUGUGGACCUCUGCUCGGGGAUAAGUGCCAAGGAGAUGAACCACCUUAA